AUGAAAAUAAGUAAUUACGUGUUGCCUGCAAAUUCGACUCUUAUCGUAAAUAUCUGUGGCAUUCAUCAUAAUCCUUCCGUUUACGAAAAUCCCGAAGUGUUCGAUCCAGACCGUUUCUUACCUGAAAACUAUAAAAAUCUUCAUCCUUAUGCAUUUCUGGCAUUUUCUGCCGGGCCACGAAAUUGUCUCGGAUAUAAACUUGCCAUGAUUAACAUGAAAAUGGUUUUAGCAAAUGUUCUUCGUAAUUUUAAAGUUUACUCUUUGGAUCCUCAGGAUAAGAUCGUUACUUCCGUGGAAGUUCUUUUGACUCCAGUAUCAGGUAUAAAAAUGUGUGUAGAACAAAGACGUAUGUUGUAAAAUAUGAGAUAACCUGAUCAUUGGGGUAAUUUUUAUUACAAAUAUAUAUAAACAUUGAU